AGGGUGGAGGCCAUCAAAGCUCAAGCUAGCCUCUUCACUCUCCUCCUAGAAGUUAUCAACAUGGCUCUUCUUAGCGUGGUGCCGAGUGCCACAGCUCAUGCUGCUUCCCAGCUCCCUAGACUUGGAAGCAACGCCAAGGGGUUGGCUUCCCUUGAAGGGAAGGCUAGGAUGCCUCUUUCUACUAAUAAGACCUCUCAUUCCCUUAAUGUCCGUUGCAUCAGGGGAGGUGCUGCUGUAGUGAAUGAUGCGGUGGAGGCCAAGCCUUCUGUCCUUUUGGGGAGGAAGAGCUUCCCUCCUGGGUUCACCUUUGGAGCUGCCUCCUCCGCUUAUCAGAUUGAAGGAGGCGUGGAUUCGAGGGGCACCACCAUAUGGGACACGUUUUGCCGCGAAUUCCCAGAUAAAAUUGCCGAUAAAAGUAACGGGGAUGUAGCAGUGGAUUCAUACAACCGCUACCAGGAAGAUGUGAAGUUGUUAAAGGAUAUGGGCUUGGAUGCCUAUAGAUUCUCCAUCUCUUGGUCAAGGAUUUUACCAAAGGGCUCACUGAAAGGUGGAAUCAACCAAGAAGGAAUUCAAUACUACAACAAUCUCAUAAAUGAGUUGAUAAAUAAUGGCAUCGAGCCAUUUGUGACAUUGUUUCAUUGGGACGUGCCACAAGCCCUUGAAGAUGAGUAUGGAGGUUUCUUGGAUCGUAGGAUUGUGGAUGAUUUUAAGGACUAUGUUGAAAUAUGCUACCGUGAAUUUGGAGAUAGGGUCAAGCAUUGGAUCACAUUAAAUGAGCCAUGGACAUUUAGCAGCCUUGGCUACGGCCUUGGAACUCAUGCUCCAGGUCGAUGUUCUGAAAUUCUUGGCUGCCCAGUAGGCGACUCCACAGUAGAACCAUAUACCGUUACGCACAAUCUUAUUUUAGCCCAUGCUGAAGCAGCUAGACUCUACAAAGAUAAAUUUCAGGCCUCACAACAAGGAGAAGUGGGAAUUACUUUGGUGUGUAUGUGGUAUGAACCAUAUGAUCACUUGCAUAUGAACGACGAGGCAAAGGCUAGGGCUCUUGAUUUCAUGCUUGCAUGGUAUAUGGACCCACUAGUUCAUGGAGAUUAUCCUUUCAACAUGAGAGCUAUAGUACGGGAUAGGCUUCCCUACUUCACUGAUGAGGAAUCAACGAUGAUUAAGGGUUCUUUUGAUUUCAUCGGUCUCAAUUACUAUACAGCAAGAUAUGCACGCUCUGUUUCAAUAUCACCGGAUGAUUCACCAAUUCUUCAUAUUAAUGAAGCAUAUGCUGAACAAUUAGAGAGCAAAGAUGGAGUUCCAAUAGGUGAUGAGUCCGGCACUUGGAUAUAUGUGUACCCUGAUGGUAUGAAGGAUCUUUUGAGGUAUAUAAAGCGGAGAUAUCACAAUCCGCCAAUCUACAUCACUGAGAAUGGAAUUUGUGAGGUGGAUAACCCGGACUUAUCAUUGGAAGAGGCACUAAAUGAUUUGGAUCGUAAGGACUACCUGCAUCUUCAUCUGAGUGCAAUUAGGCAAGCCAUGUGGUUAGGAGUGAAUGUGAAAGGAUACUUCGCAUGGUCGCUCACUGAUAAUUUUGAAUGGAAUGAGGGCUAUACUCAACGUUUUGGACUCAACUAUAUUGACUACAAAGACAACCUAAAACGACAUCCAAAGCUCUCGGCUGAGUGGUUUACCCAGUUUCUUAAAUCUUAAUUUCAGCAUAGAAUGGCGAAUAAAGCUCCCUUUGUGGGUUGGUCGCAUGGUUUGUUGGUUUGAAGUUAUUAGUUGCAAUGUGAAAUGUAGUCUCUAAUGUAAUUCGAAUAAGAUUCUUAUUAUCGGUCGACUUAUCAUGGUUGAAAGUUUAUUUUAGAAUCUUCAAUGAAUGUUUAUGCAUAUAGCUUAUAUUGA